CACACACACACACACACACACACACACACACACACACACACACACACACACACACACACACACACACACACACACACACACACACACACACACACACACACACACACGCACACUUUCACUCGCACACACUUCACACCCUCCCUUAGCAAUCUGUCUUCCGGCAUAAAUACACACACACGCACGCACACAGGCACACACACACAGAGCGUAGGGCAGACCGCAGGAGCUGCGCUCAGUCCCAGUGAGGCGGUAGAGUCUGUAGCGCCAGGACCGCUCGCCCAGAGCCACGAGCCUCCACUGCCUCGUCUCUCAGCCACAGGCGCUGUCUCUCGACCGCUCUCUCCCUGCGGCUCUGCGUCCGUCCGUCUGUCCGUCUCCCGACGCCCCGUCUUUUGAUUGGAGCUCAGCCCGGGGGGCAGGUCGCCGAGGGGCAGCAGGGCGAGGAGGAAGAGGAGCGGCGGGGAUGUCCAGGUCCGUCACCACGGAGCCCGGCCUGGAGCCGGCCGAGGGCGAGGGCGAGGAGGAAGAGGCGGAGGGGGACUGCUUCGAGGACGGGGUGUCUUCUCGCGUCCCGGAGAUCAUGGCAUCGGGGACCCACUCACCGGGGGGCCCCAACGGAAUCAUCCGGAGCCAAUCCUUCGCCGGCUUCAGCACGCUACAGGAGCGACGCUCGCGGUGUAACUCCUUCAUGGGGAACGCGGUUGUCCAGAAGAAGCCCCAGUCCAAGCCCAAGAAGCCCCACCUGUCGGGACACAAGGGGAGCAGCGGAUCACGAGACCCCCAGCCUAAGAGGCUGGAGGAGGUGUACACCGCCCUCAAACAGGGCCUGGAUGAGUACCUGGAGGUCCACCAGACGGAGCUGGACAAGCUGCUCUCCCACAUGAAGGACAUGAGGAGGAACUCUCGCCUGGGAGUGCUGUACGAUCUGGACAAGCAAAUCAAAACGAUCGAGCGCUACAUGAGACGCCUGGAGUUUCACAUGAGCAAGGUGGACGAGCUGUACGAGGCGUUCUGCAUCCAGAGCCGGCUGAGGGACGGCGCCAGCAGGAUGAAGCAGGCCUUCUCCUCCUCCCCCUCCACCAAGGCCACCAAGGAGAGCAUCGCCGAGGUCAACCGCAGAUACAAGGAGUACACCGAGAACAUGAGCACCUUUGAGAUCGAGCUGGAGAGCCUACUUGGGGAGUUCCAUAUCAAAAUGAAAGGUCUAGCAGGCUUCGCCAGACUCUGUCCCGGAGAUCAGUACGAGAUCUUCAUGCGGUACGGCCGCCAGCGGUGGAAGCUGAAGGGGAAGAUAGAGGUGAACUCCCGCCAGAGCUGGGACGGAGAGGAGAUGGUCUUCAUGCCCCUCAUCACGGACCUCAUCAACAUCAAGGUGACAGAGCUGAAGGGGCUGGCCACCCACAUCCUAGUGGGCUCUGUGAUCUGCGAGACCAAGGAGCUGUUCACCGCCAUGCCCCAGGUCGUGGCCGUGGACGUCAACGACCUGGGAACCAUCAAACUCAACCUGGAGGUCACCUGGUUCCCCUUCGACGUGGAGGACCUCAGCCUGUCCUCGGGGAACGUCAGCAAGGCGGCGGCGCUCCAGCGGCGGGUGUCCGUCUACAGCCAGGGGACCCCCGAGACCCCCACCUUCCAGGACACCAGCUUCUUCUCCACCCUCCCUGACGAGGUGUUCGAGCACGGCGGCUGCAGCGUGGCCGAGUGCAAGCGCCUCUCCUUCACCUUCUCCGACACCUCGGCCUCCACCUCCACCCCUCGCGCCAGCCCCGCCCCCAGCACGCCCGGCCAAUCGCACCACCCCGCCAUCAUGGUCACGCCCCCGGAGACGGACGCCUCCGCCCUCCCGCCCCCGGCCGCCAGGCAGGACUCCAUCGCGGAGGAGAACGGGCUCACGGAGGAAGAGGAGGAGGAGGAGGAGGAGGAGGAGGUGCUAGUAGAGGAAGAGGAGGUGGAGGACGAGCUGGGCAGCCGGGGCAGCAGCAGCAGCGGGGCGUGCUUCGCCAGCGACGAGGCGGACGUCGUGGACGACUCGGAGUGGGAGCGCGCCGAGUCCCAGCGCGGCGGCGGCGGCGGCGGCGGCGGCGGCGGGGGCUCGGCCUCGGGGUCGCUGCGCUCGGAGGGCCGGCUGUCCACGGUGGCCCCCGAGGACGUGUUCCUGCACCACGCCCACCCGGACCUCAAGCCCCUGGAGCUGGACGAGGACGAGGCCGCCGGCAGCCUCACCCGCCAGCUGGUGAGGAGGCUGACCUCCACGGACAUGGGCGCCGAGGACGACGGGGCCCCGGGCGGGGCCGGGGAGGAGGAGGAGGCGGCGGCGGCGGCCCAGGGUGGAGGCGUGAGCUGGGCCGGGGAGGGCGGAGGCUGCAGCCUGGAGGAGGCGGUGCAGAGCCUGCUGAUGAGGCUGGAGGCGCUGACGCAGCGCUGCAGCCAGCUGCAGGACCUGGAGCAGGAAGUGAUGCGCCUGGAGGACCUGCUGAAGUGCCGGCUGCCGGGCCACAGGAGCCGGGCGUCCAGCCUCAGCCUGACGGUGGAGAGCGCCCUGGAGAGCUUCGACUUCCUCAACACGUCCGACUUCGACGACGAGGACAACGGGGACGACGGCGCCGUCCUCCGCACCCCCCCGCAGCGGUCCCCCUCGCUGGACAUGGAGGGCGGGCGCAUGGGCGGUCAGCAUCCUGAGGCCAGGGGACACUUGAGCGAAGCCCUGACGGAGGACACGGGAGUGGGCAACAGCGUGGCCGGGAGCCCCCUACCCCUCACCACUGGCAACGAUAACCUGGAUGUAGCGGUUGUCAUUCACCUGCAGUACUGCAAUCACCUCGUCCAGCUGUUGACCAGCGGGGGCAGUGUUUGGCAGCGUCGCAGCCUGCUGCAGAGGCUGACGGCCCAGACGCAGCUGUUGGAGGAGCUUGGGGAAAUUAGCAUGGACACUUUGGCAAACAUCACAUCUGCUGCAGACGUGCUCCCGGGGCUGGCCGAGAGACCCCAGCUGCUCACCCUCUGGUCGGAGUGCAGCGGGGCGGGGGGGCCGUUCCACACCACCCUGGAGCCCCUUCUGAAGCACAUGGACGGGUUGUACCUGGCCAGGCUGCAGGAGCAGCUCCCACCCCACACCGCCCAAUCAGUGAUCAGCAUGGUGGUGGGUGCGAUGGUGGACAAGCCUGAGCUGUCCCCCUCCCCCGCCCCCCCGGCGGCGGCGGCGGCGGCCGUGCUGCCCCAGGACGUCCUCAGCGUGUUCCAGUUCCACAGCUACGUGGUGCAGCAUGACGUGCAGGACAUGGGGGCGCACCUGCUGGGCCUGGCACGAGAAGGUGUGUUUGUGGAGUCCCUGAACAGCGGUGACUCCAGCCUGCGUCUGGCUGAGCUGGGCCAGGUGUCGGCGGCCCAGCUCUGGCCCAGGGACGGCAGCCUAAGGGCCCUGGCCUGCCUGCUCACCGCAGAGGAGCCGGAGGUCAACAAGGCCACGGCCAACUACCUCUCCUCUGGGGCUGCACACACACACUUCAGGAACAAGGCGGUAGAGUACUACACCCAGGCGCUGUCGGAGCUGGGCGUCCAGAGAGCUGCCUGUGCUGCUCUCAGCUGCCUACAGGCAACAGAGAGCAUCAGGGAUGUAGUGGCACUCUGUGACUCCGCCGAUGAGGAGCUAAGACACGUAGCCAUUGAAACGCUUCUCACUUUGGGCGAGGAGGGGCGUAUGGCCUACGAGCAGCUGGACACGGUACCAGGGGAGAUGAUUCUGAUGGCGACGCGGAGAAGCAAUGCCCUCACCACCGCCUUCUGAGACACCCCUACGCACCGGGCAUCACAUGCCACUCAACAUGCCCCCCCACCCCCCCCACCCAGGAGAGUACACUCCCUCGGUCUAACCCCCCCCCUAAUCGCGCCCGGUAGGGUACAUGCACAGACUUAUGCACACCACGACCAAGACCACUGGCAGCCCCCUCCCCCCCCAACCUCUUUUUCACACACUUUAACACAAGGCUUUGUCACUUACAUGGUUUAGUUAUUCCAAUGUUACACUGGCGUUUGUUUGUUUUCUCAAACUAACUGCUACAAGACGCUGAUGAUUUAAUGACAGCAGUUCGGUUAUCACAGUGUAGGGCGGGUUAGAAGAAUACGGAAGACAUUGAAAGCCGCUCGCUCCCUCAGCCACUAUUGGGGAAGAGGGAAGGAAACAGCUGAGCUGGUUGAUGCUGGCUUCUGACAAGACCUGCUCUCUGCCUAUCGCCUACAAAAACACACCACGACCCGACCUCUCCCCCUACUCAUCCCCCCUGAGCUCCUCCUCAUGCUCCCAUCCUUCUCAGCCUAGAUAUCCUUCAUCAGGCGGACAUGAUGGUGAGGUUGGUGGGGAAACUUUCUAUCAUCUUGGGGGAAACCAUGCAACUCAAUCGGAGUGCAGUUUAUAUGCUCCCCGACAGGGGAAAUGGAUCGCAGCACUGAGCAAUAAUGCAAUGAGUUUUUAUGGUUUCCAAAGUUUCCAGAAGUUUUCUCCGCCCAACGUACCAGUGUGGCUGCUGGGUGUAUAGAGGUCUGUUGGGCCCCCUUCACUCCCGCCUGCUUGCUGAGGCAGCCACGCACGGCAAUAUAACAUGAAAUAUACGGACACAGACUUUAACCAGACACAUGGGACCCAUUUGAGUACUGCCAGGACUGAGAAGCAUGAAUCCCUAGCCCCGAACACGGUAUUGGGAGGGGUGACGGAGGCUUUGUGUGGGAGGGGGGGAGAAGGUAUACUGUCUAGAUCUCUGGAUGGCCUGGAAGCACAUUUUCUAAACACACUGUAUCCAUAGCAUCCACUGUACCGGAGCUGUUGGCCGUCCGACCCAUCACCUCAUCACUAUGGAUAUAAUAAGGCUUUCAAAUAUCACACAAGCUUUCAAUGGUGUCCGAGUUUCGAUCAAAGUAUUCUAAUAUCUUUUGUGGUAUCAUUUUGUUAGGUGCGCUUCUUUUAUUUUGAGUUUCUUGCACUGUUGCAGGUGUGUAAAUAUGGCACAUUGUGAAGGGCUGAUGUAAUGGUGGAGUGACUUUUCCAAACUUGAUUUCUAUUUUGGGUUCUUACUUUGAAGAUCUGUCCAAUCUGAUGGUCCACUUGUCAGUUUCAGGGAUUCGUGUGCAGUACUAUUGGUGUAUCAGGGAUGGGUUCGAAGAUGAUCUAAUGUCGGAUUAUGUGGUAAAAAUGCGAGCAAAAAAGACAAUAUAGAUCGAUGAAUUUCAACCUCAACAGUUGAUAGGGAUCAUAUACUUUGGCAGUUUGACCAGUGCAUUGCCCUGUACAUAUGUGUAAGUAACCACAAAAACAUUUUAUUAAGUUUGUUAAGAAUGCUUUGGUGUGACAAGAUGGACAAAUUAGUAACUGCCGCCGGUUUUCAAGAUAUUUUUCCUAUCAUGAAUACAUGGUGUGGUUGCAGUUUAAGGCCUUUCGACUGGCUUGUCCUUUCUGCAUAACAGUACAAUAAAUUGUACUUUGGGCAGUAAAGAUUGCACGUAGGCUACUGGAUGUAAUACCAGAGGUUAGAUUGGUUUGGAAUACAUUGUGUGAGCUUACCUCCCUCGUAUCAUAACCUGGAAUUUGGUUGGGAGGGCGAGGCUCUUGGUUUGACUUGAAUGAGUGUUAUGGUACUACUGAAUCUGUCGCUCAAGACAUCCACAACAACAACCAAUAUGGUAUUUCUUCACUCAAAUGUAUUUAUUAUUCACAUAUAUUAAUUCUAAUAUUCUAAAAAGUCUAAUAAUCUUUGUUUGUUACAAAUGAUUUCAUGUUUUGGUAAUUCGAAUUUAAAUGCUUCAUAAUUAUUAUUUUGGAGAACAUGUGAUGAGAUUUGAGGAGUGAAAUAAUACUAUAGAUUUGUUUAUUUCUCUAUAUUGCCCCAAUCCCCAUGGGAAAAUAUUUUACGGUAUCACGUUUUUGCAAUUUUGAGUAACCAAAGCAGAAACACCCAUAAUUUGUCCUCCACCCUGAAUGUUAACAAUAUCAUCACAAUACAAACAUCUGCAUUUUGGCAAGCAUAUUAGACAUAGCCUUAAAAGAGAAGCAUAGCAAAAUAACAAAUGUAAAAUAUCAGUGGAAUUGUGUAUGAAAUUUACACUCAUUCCUAUCUGCACAGUUCAGAAGCCAUAGUAUAAUAAAGCAAGCAGAACUAUUUUUGUGAAACAUGUAUUUUUAUUAUUACAAGCUCUAAAUGUGUGAAGGUUGCUCUUUAAAAAGCUGAAGACUGUUUUUGUUUAUUUUCUAUGCUGGGGUUUGCCCCCUUGUGCAAACAUGAUCUUUUUAUUUUAUGUUGAGGUGAAGAGCGUUACAAUAUUUUAAUUUCAUGUGAUCCAUUGUACCAACAAGUGUAAUUCCUCUGUUCAUAUUUGAAUCAUUGACCUUCUUUUAUCUGUUGACCAGUGUUACACAUUUUUUUUUUUUCCAUUUCAAGUCAAAAAGCACAUGUUGGCAAAGCAUUUAUAUAUUGAGUUUUUUUUUUAUUGAAAAUGAUACAGUACAACAGAAAAAUGCUAUCGUGAGCUGCAUUUGAGAUUUAACUCUGUCUCUGUAGUCAAUAGCUUCGGUUGUCGCUGCAUUAGCUGUGUCAUACUUUACUCCAUCCCGCUCAACAGUAUUGUAUCUGCUCAUUGAAAGUUGCAAUAAAGUUUUAUUUUUGCAUAAUUGAUUAUGGGUUCUUCUCCUGAUUGGAAAAUGCAUCUUUCCCUCCUGUAUUGGGGCUCUUUUUAGAGUUUGUCUGGAUACAGCCAUUGUGCAAAUGUUGAAGUAAUGUUCCAUCAUGUUAUCCUCUUUUGCUGGAUCUAAAUCUCAUGUGGAGUUUGCCGGUAAAUCUACUAAAAAACAAUAGAAAUGUGGUCAGUUGUAUGUUUUUUUUUUACAACAAUCUCGAGCCAAUCAGAAUCAAUUCACAGCCCCAUUAUUUUCAUUGGGGACAGGACAGGAGGUUAGGAUGCAGACGCGCCCCUCUCUACGCGGGUUGAGGCAGUGAAAUGCCAGGAAAUUUUGGCAUACACAAGUGAACCACCCUUUGCCAGGAUAACAAGGAGCAUGGCGUGAAACGUUAAAGCACAAAUGGUCAGGAGUUGAAAUAGUCACCUGUGAUCACUGCACCAAGCUUUAUAUUGGCAUUCCUAACAUCUGAAACCAUGUCAUAAUGUACAUUUACAUUAAGACAGUAAACGAUUAAGUACUUAUUAAAUAACUCAAUUAUGCAGUUCGACCAUAUAUUGAGACCCCUUACUUGAUUCAAUGAACAAAAUAACUUGCCAGGUCAUAGCGGCGCAUCAUUCACAGGAAAGUUUAUCACAACUGUAGUGCAGUUGCUCUACAUUUAAGAGCCUGAUGACCAGGUUGUCAUUGUGCAGGGGCUGACCAGCAUGUGCUACAUCAGAAAUGGAGGGCCCCUUUGGUUAAUUAACUUGGGAAACAUUGUAAGCCUUGUGGUGAAGGGCUAUGAAACACUGGUGUUCCUUUAACAUGCCUUACCAAGUUAAACAUUAAGCUUGGCCCACUGCAUCAAGUCAAGUGGGCAUUUUACUGCAAAACAAAAGCCGUUUAGUAAUUAGGCCAACCAUUUCAGUGUAACUAGUUCACUGUAUGCUACAGGUGCUCAUGCACAUGAGAAUCCAUUGUCAAUAGCCAAGCUGCUACCUCAGCCCAUGCUAAACAAAUAAAAUAAACCUUUUCCAGCCUCAAGGGAGCCUUGAGGUGCUAGAGACUGAGUUAUAAUGGCCGAAGAACUAUGCCCGAG